AUGGCUUCUCUACUGCCAACUCGAGCGGUCAGGUCCGUUGCCUGUUCCGCAUGCCGCUCUUUCACUCCGUCCGCUCCGGCAACCCUCGCCCUCCCUCUCCUUCGCCGUAACUACUCGACGGAGCAGGAACCAAUCGACUACACAAAACAGCCACGAUGGUCGUACACGCCUCCUCGCGCAGCAGCCCCUUUCAGUCUGCACUUCGAAUCGAAACGGCCUCACUUCCCUAUCAACAACGACCCGGAGAAGCUGGACAACUUCUACAUCCGUUUCUUAGGCCCCGAUGGUGACAAGGUUCUCUCGGAUGAGGUUAAAUGGCUUGCAGUGACGCAUAAGAGUUUCGAUCAGGGUCGCAGAGGGUUCAACGAUCGCCUGGCAUUCUUAGGGCGACGCAUCGUCGAUCAACAAGCCUCUCUCGCCUUGGUGCAGAGCCCCCCGAAUACUCAUCCUGUCGCCCCCGAUACCUAUGGCCGCGAGCCAUUCACCCACCCUGCGCUAGACGGGCUCGACAACCUGUCCUCUUCCACGAAGAAAUAUCUCACAAGCAAGGUGAACCUUGCUAGAGUUGCGCAAGAGUACGAGCUGCAGACGGUUAUAAGAUGGACUCCUCGGAAGCCCGGCAACCUCCGCAGUUCCGGUCUCGAGCUGGUCCUUGCCCAUACGCUGUACGCCCUGGUUGGCGCCAUAGCUCUAGAGAAGGGCGGACUCGUCGCCAACCAGGUGGCACGAGAGCGGAUAUUAGCGCCUCUUGGAUUCAAGUUGACAUAG